AUGACACUUACCGAGAUUCAAAACUAUUAUAAUCUCGUUUAUAUUUUAGAUCAAGUCGAGCAUUCACGCCUUCAAGACGGCCAUCAACCAAAUUCUCAAUCAGUUAGUGAUGAUGAAGAAGACAUGGUUAAGUUAGAUAACAAUGACCUCAACUACGAUGAUUAUGACGAUUAUGAAGGGGAGGCUAGGGAAAGGGUUGAAAGCAACAAUUCGAGCGUUCAUUUACAACAUUCCGAGGAAUGAUUGGUGUUAGCGAUUCUGAGGGCGAGGAAGCUGAUGAUGUCCAAAAAGGUUUAAAAGAUUUUUUUGAAGAUUUUUUCUUUUUUUUUUCAAAUUUCCUAGGGAAAUUCUGGAAAUCUGGGGGUUGUACGGGUCAGGGAUGUCCUGGGCUGAUGAAAAGGCGGUUGUGGUUUUGGAUCCAGUUUUCAACAAAAUUUUCUUCAGGCCCCCUUUC